CCAACUCUGGCGUUCAAAUCACGGAGAACCGUGAUCCCCGUCGCUACACCUAUCUCUCUACUGGUGGUGUUCUUCUCUUAUCAUUUUCAUCUUAUCAAUCGCGGGAUAACGGGGUUUCAUUAAUUCUUCUUUUAAUCACCUGUCAAGUGUUCCUUUUUUCUUUUUGUUUAAUUCCAAAUAGGGGUUAAUAGAUAGAAGUGAGUUUCUUCGAAGAUUCGCGAAAUUAUGGAUUGUUCGUUUAAUAAAAUGAUUAUUUAAUUGUUAAUCCUUGAAAAAUAAAUAUUAUCAGAAUGUACAGUUUGUACAGAGCUUGGUUCGGUGACGAUAACGCUGCGGAUAAUUAUAAUCGUUUGCAAGAAACAUUAUCACCACCCGAUACAGUGAUCAGAGUUGGUAACGAGGGAGAACAUCAGUUCAUUGCACACAAGGGUAUUUUAGCUGCACACAGUGGCUAUUUGAAGGCUUUGCUAGCUAGUGCAGCAGCUAACAACAGUUCGAAUAAUGGGCCAAACUUUGCCAGCACUUGUGGCGGAUUGAAUUCGGGGAGUUCUACUAGCUCGACAAGUUCCGGUAUUAUAGGUGGACAACAACAUACGCGACAACAACCGGUUACUUCUGUUUCAGUAUCAUCUAUCGGUGGAGAAGCAUUUGCUCCAUUGCUAAAUUACAUGUACACAGGUAGAUUGGAAGUAACAUUAGACAAUGUUUACAGUGUACUAUUGGCAACUCAUUUGUUGCAUAUGCCAGGUGCAUUGGAACAAUGCAGAGCUGCUUUACUCAGAUUAAGAGCACCCCCUCCUUUACCAACACCUAUACCAAUACCACCAGUUUCUACAUCAACGUCAACAUCCAAUUCAGGUCCUGGAAGUAUACUCAGACCAAUACCAAAUAGAUUGGUAUUGGGACCACCUUUGUGUUGGCCUCAAACGAGCUCAAUUUAUCCUUCAACUGCGACAGCACCAACGUCCGUCGGUCUACCACCGCAUUUACCUCAAAUGCAACCAACUACUGUCCUAAUACCACCAUCCGUUUCACCUAACUUAUCGGUCAUUCCUACAUUAAGUACUCAAGAAACUCAAGAACCAUCAUCUUCUAGCACCCAUUACAGGUUAGCCAUCAAUUUUUCUUAUAUUUUCAACUAGGUUUUCUGAUUAUAUAAAAUUACUUUUGUUUUUAUUAGCUCAACCAAUAGAGAAAUUUCGAGAUCACCGAGAUCCUCGCCAACGCGACAAUUAAACAAACGAACGAUCAA